GAAGCCAUUGUUGAUUUGGAGUGAGCGCGCUGCUGCUACAUGUUAGUUAGCGAACUGCUGCUGCUGCUGAUGUAAAUAAAAUAAUCCGCUUUUUAAUUUAAACAUGGCUAAUCUGGCUGCUGCUGUGGCCGCGGCGGCGGGGAGGGACCCGGCGGUUGACCGCUCUCUGCGCUCCGUCUUCGUGGGAAACAUCCCGUAUGAAGCAACAGAGGAGCAGCUGAAGGACAUCUUUUCAGAGGUUGGGCUCGUCGUCAGCUUCAGGUUGGUGUAUGACAGAGAGACGGGGAAACCGAAAGGCUAUGGGUUCUGUGAGUAUCAGGAUCAGGAGACGGCCCUCAGUGCCAUGCGGAACCUGAACGGCAGAGAGUUCAGUGGCAGAGCUCUGCGUGUGGACAACGCCGCCAGUGAGAAGAACAAGGAGGAGCUGAAGAGUUUGGGCACAGGGGCUCCAAUCAUCGAGUCCCCAUAUGGAGACAACUGUCCAACAGAGGAAGCUCCAGAGUCCAUCAGCAGAGCUGUGGCCAGCCUGCCGCCAGAGCAGAUGUUUGAGCUCAUGAAGCAAAUGAAACUGUGUGUUCAGAACAGCCCUCAGGAAGCGAGGAACAUGCUCCUACAGAACCCCCAGCUCGCCUACGCUUUACUACAGGCCCAGGUCGUCAUGAGGAUCGUAGACCCUGAGAUAGCCUUGAAAAUGCUUCAUCGGCAAGCUGCAGUGCAGCCCAUAAACCCCAGUCAGCCGGGUCCAGGCCCGGUGCCUGUAUCCAACCAGCCUCUUCCUCAGCCCAAUGCUCCUGUGUCCCAACCUCAACCUAUGCCGGGAAUGCACGUGAACGGAGCCCCUCAGAUGAUGCAGCCUGCGCAGAUGGGAGGGGGCGUGCCGGUGCCGAUGCCGGGACAGGGCCCUAUGCCGGGACAAGGGCCGAUGCAAGGACAGGGUCCCAUGCAGGGGCAAGGGCCUAUGCCGGGACAGGGGCCCAUGCCUGGACAAGGACCAAUGCCAGGACAGGGGCCUAUGCCUGGACAGGGCCCUCUGGGGGCCGGAGGUGGGAUGCAGCCUCAGAUAGGGAUGCCACAGGGAGGCCCUGUUCCCAUGGAUAGGGGACCAGGAAACCUUCAGGACUCUCCUGUAGGAUCGUCUGGGCAGGCUGCUAUCGAGCGGCCGCAAGUACCCAUGGUAGACCCACGGGCUCCUAUGCGAGGGGUGCCACCAGGACCACAAGGAAUUCCCCCAAGAGGCUUACUGGGUGACGGGCCUAAUGACCCGCGGGGAGGUUCGCUGGUUAAUGUCACUGGGGAUGUUGUGGAACCAGGCCGGGGUUACAUCGGAGGCCCUCCACCACACCAGGGGCCCCCCAUACACAUGGCCCCUCCAGACAUGCGUGGACCCCACGACAUGAGAGGAGCUCCAAUGAUGGCCGAGCCCAGAGGACCAAUGAUGGAGCAGCGUGGCCCAUCUAUGGACUCCAGAGCUCCCAUUCCUCAAGGUCGUGAUCCUCGGGCUGUAGACGCUCGGGGUCCUGUGGCAGGUCAGAGGGUUCCAGUGGCGGGUGGAAUGCCGGGUCCUCCUCCUCACGCCAUGGGAGCAAGUGCGCCCCCUCCUGCUCGACCUGGCCCUGCGACAGAUGUGACCUCUCAGGAUCACGAAAAGGCUGCUCUAAUUAUGCAGGUUCUUCAGCUGACCCCAGAGCAGAUCGCCAUGCUGCCCCCAGAGCAGAGGCAGAGUAUCCUCAUCCUGAAAGAGCAGAUCCAGAAGACGGCCGGCGCGCCCUGAGGAUCCCACACGUGCCGAUUGAGCCACGCCCACACCCACACCCUGUUGGUCAUUUUUUGGUCCUUGAAGAAACCUAAAAUCAUCCAGUUAUUAUUCAGUUUAUGGUCGUUUCUUGUUGUUGAUAUGUUUAUAGCAAAAGGAAAAAAAGAAGACAACAGCAGUUCAUUUCAUUAUUGUUUGUGCUUUAUUGUCUGUUUUGAAGACUUUUCAAUAAAAAGAAGAAAAUAAAUGAAUAAAAGAA